GCUGGAGGAAAUGACGUGAGGAGCAGGAACGACUAGCAGCUCUUGAAAGAAAGAAAGUGUGUAGUCACCGUGUGUUACCCGGUCUACGGCUUUAUUUUCAGCACAACAUAAUAAAAUCUUUAAACCAGUUCUUCAUAUCAGUGCCUGCUUUUUACAUUUGCCAUCAUGUCUAUUAUGUCAUAUAAUGGAGGAGCCGUCAUGGCAAUGCGUGGUAAGGAAUGCGUAGCAAUAGCAUCAGAUCGGAGGUUUGGCAUCCAGGCACAGAUGGUUACAACCGACUUCCAGAAAAUCUUCCCUAUGGGAGACAGACUCUUCAUCGGGCUGGCAGGCCUUGCCACAGAUGUACAGACAGUAUCUCAAAGACUGAAGUUCCGCUUGAACUUGUAUGAGCUGAAGGAAGGUCGUCAGAUCAAGCCGAAGACCUUCAUGAGCAUGGUGUCCAACCUUCUGUAUGAGAGGAGGUUUGGGCCAUACUACAUUGAGCCUGUGAUUGCUGGUCUGGACCCAAAGACCUUUGAACCCUUCAUCUGUUCCCUUGACCUUAUUGGAUGCCCAAUGGUGACAGAAGACUUUGUUGUGAGUGGAACUUGCUCAGAGCAGAUGUAUGGCAUGUGUGAGUCCCUGUGGGAACCUGACAUGAAACCAGAAGAUUUAUUUGAGACCAUCUCACAGGCCAUGCUGAAUGCUGUUGACAGGGAUGCAGUGUCUGGAAUGGGAGUCAUUGUUCAUGUCAUUGAGAAGGAUAAGAUAACCACACGCACCCUGAAGGCCAGGAUGGACUAGAGAAAAUGACUACUGCUAUGUUUCCUCUCCUACAACCCCAUUUUUUGUACUGAAAUAGAAUUUGCUUUGUUCCAUUUGUCAUCAUCGAAAUGUAAUUGUUCAAUAAACGUUUCUAAUAUUUA